UUUCGAUGAACGCAAAAAGAGCUUGCUGAUAUUUUAUCUCCCUCGUAAAUUCUGGACGUAGGCCGAUUGACAACAAAAAGCACUAACUGUGCGAUCAUUGUUUUUAAUGUUUGUAGGUAAUUUUAUCUUCAAAACUGGGGGCCUGCAAUUGUAAAUUACACCGUGGAGGUAAAAAUAUGAAGAGGCGAAAUGCCGAUACUGGCAAAAUGCGGCGCCCCUUAAAGCGCACAAAAAUCACCGAGGGAAUGUAUGGAAAUUCCCUCCUGUACCUAAGAUUUGUUAUGGUCUGGGCUACAGUGGUGAUGGCCGACUAUAUGCUGGAGUUCAGGUUCGAGUUCCUCUGGCCCUUCUGGAUGAUGCUCCGAUCCGUCUAUGACUCGUUUAGAUAUCAGGGACUUGCAUUUUCAGUAUUCUUCCUGUGCAUAGCUCUAACUUCAGAUAUGAUAUGUUACUUCUUCAUACCUCUGCAAUAUAUAUUCUUUGCGGCCAGUACCUAUGUGUGGGUACAGUAUGUGUGGGUCACAUUGGGCGAGAAGGGCAUCUGCGUGCCAACGGUGGCGAUCUGCUGCGCGGUGGUGUACGUGGAGGGUGCGCUGCGGGCGGCGCGCGAGCUGGAGCUGUGCCGGCCGCUGGCGGCGCACUGCGUGGGCUACCCGGCCGUGUCGCUGGGCUUCGGCGUGAAGGCGUACGUGGGCCGCCGCCUGCGCAUGCGCACCCAGCGACAAGUGCGCGCACAGAACGAGUUCUACUUCCAGCUGCUGAGGGACGCGCUGCCAGAGAGUGCGCUAGAGAAUCAGCAGACGUGUAAGGAGGAGCGCAGUGGGAGCAGUGUGGGCAGUGUGGGCAACGGCACGGCGGAGUGCGCGGAGACGCGACCGCAGAACGGCUCGCUGCGGCGUCGCUGCGGUCGCGAGAACGGCCUCGGCCCGCCCCCACACACGCACACGCCCCCACACACGCACUCCACAGAACACGCACAUCUACAGUUUAAGUUAGAGAAGUUAGAGAAGCAUUUAGCGCAACAAACGGCGACACGAGAGAGAGAAAAGUCCCAAUCGAACACGAACACGAGCACGCACACGCCGCCGCACGCGCACGUGCACACCGGCGCCGGCGCGCUCGCGAGCACGUUCGCGCACGCACUCAGCAACGGGUCAGCGGGAGGGGCAGGCGCGCNNNNCCCCGCCGCCACGCCCCCGGCACCAGCGCCCGCCCCCCCGCCGCCAGCGCCCGCACACAGCGCGCACGACGACGAGAGACAUGAACAUAAUAAAGGUAGUGCCAAGUCUUCUAAGUGCGAAAAGAAAGAGGCUACGAGUACGUUAAGAGAAGAAAGAAGAAAACAUAAAAAUAGAGAUAAAGAUAAGGAGAAGGAGAAUACAGAUAGUCAUAAGAGUACAGAACAGACAAAGGAACACAUAGUUAAGGAUGUAGAAAGUACAAAAGAAAGUGUAAAAAGUAAUAAAGAUAAUAGCAGUUAUAAGGAAAAAGAAAAAGAGAAAGAAAGAGAGAGGGAGAGGGAGCGCGAAUAUAGAGAAAAAGAGAAAGAGCGUGAAUAUAGAGAAAAAGAGAAAGAGCGCGACAAAGAGAGAGAACGCGAACAGCGGACGUUGCGGGAGUGCAACGAGGAGCUGCGCCGAGCGCGGGCAGAGCUCGCCCUGGCGCGCUCCGGCGAGUCGGAGGCGCGCCGCUCGCUCGCAGCAGCCGCCGCCGCAGAGAGGCAGCGCCGCGCGGAGCACGCACAGCUGCGGCAGGCACAUCUCGCGCUCCAGCAAAAGAUGGCGACAUGGCGGGGCGGGGAGCGCGUGGCGCUCGAGCGCCGGCUGUCGGAGGAGCGGCGCGCGCGCGCUGCAGCCGAGCACCAGCUGCUGCGCGCCCGCCAGGCUGCACGCACGCCCAGCGGCGAGUGCGAGAACGAAUGGUGCAAGUCGAUGCGAAGCGCUUCGGAGGCGGAGACGGCGGCGCUGCGGAACGAGCUGCAGCAGGCGCGCGCGCAGGUCGCUCAGCUGCAGCGGGACCUGCAGCAGGCCGGCGACCAGGUGCGUGCACUGGAGGCGAGGCAAGAGGAGAACGGGUCGCCGGCGCUGCGGCUGGCGGAGGCGUGGGCGUCGCUGCAGGAGCGCGCGGCGCAUCUCGAGCGCUCGCUCUCGGCGGAGACGCGAGUCAAACUCGACCUGCUCUCCGCGCUAGGCGACGCCAAGCGACAGCUGCAUAUACGCGAAGACACAGUGUCGAGACAAGAGAAAGAAUUAGAAGAGCUAAAAGCGCAAAUGCUGGCUGUGAUGCCGGCCGAGUACAUAACGCCUCUAACCGGGGGCAAGUCCAGGCUGCGGAUGUCCGACGGCUCGCCGCUCGACCCCAACGCCUCCGUGUACACUCCUAAACAGCUCAUAUCCGACGCCUAGGCGCGGCCCCGCCCCCGCUCCGCCCGCCCCGCCCUCGCCCCGCCCACUCCGCACCGGGCACAGGUACGAGCUUCACGAACGAACACCAAUGUCGAUGUUUGUAAGGACGAUCUUUUGAUCUCAAUUACUUUUAUGUAGGAACAGUGUCCAUCACGACGUCCUUACAAACAUCGGCAUUGACAAUCCCAGGCGACUAUAUCAGAGUGUUUAUUUUUUCAUCGAUGAAACAUUUGGAUUAACUUUGUGAUACCUAUUACUCGGAAAUGGUUUGUUGCUUGAUGAAAUUUUGGAUAAAAUUAGAUUAAUUUUAAAUACGCACACGUUUGCUUUGAAACUGAAAGAUAAAAAAAAAAUCAUAGUAAUUGUCAUUCAGAUUGAAAAUGUUUAGUUUCACAGAUAUCUUAGUAUACAAGCUAUGAAAUAUUAAAAUCGAAUUUUCUUGAAACUAGUUAUAACCGCCUGUUGGUUUGCAAUGCCACAGAGCAAGAAGUCUAUUGUCCUCUGUCUACUCUAUCACAAAGGUAUGUUACCAUAAUUUUUUUUCAAUAUUUUUUAUAAUAAUUUAUAGGAUGAAUAUAAUUUCAUUGAGCAACAUAUCAGUACAGUCCUUCCAUCGUUGCAUAUAUUGCUGCUGCGGUCUAGUGAAAAGCGUGUUCUUUUAAAUUUUUAUGUGAUAAAUUGUACAAAUAUAGAUCUGAAAUGAGUCUUCUUCAUUAUAUAGUUCUAUUGACUUUUUAGUCCAAUUGUCGGUUUAAUGUGUACGCCCUCUGUAGCGACACUACUUUCUUGUUGAUUAAAAAAUUGUUGAGAAAAAUAUUAAAAAUACUGACACAUCAUUUGACAGUUGUCGAACCAUGACAGUUGUUUUUUUUUAGUCAUUUUGACUGAUUACAGGCAGGCGUCUGACUUAGGUAGUAUGUGUAUGCAACUUUAAUACUUGUUCAAGCAACAUCGCAUAAAUUGACUUAUUAUAAACUUUAAAAAAAUAUACUAGAUACAAGCAAAAUGCAAUCUGUUACAUAUACAAUACUGAGAAACUUUAUAAUAAUAAUGUUAGUUAUCUACAAUCUCUCCAACUAUAAUAAAAGUACAAAAAAUUAUAUACCAGUUAUAUAUAACAAGUAAUUAAAGUUGUGUGCAUUGUAAAUUUUUUUGAACUGAUAACAUAGCAUAGUUUGUUCAUACGUAAUAAGUUGUAUUCCCAUGUGUUCAACUUUAGCUGUAAAUGCGGUUCCACACCCGCGCUGUGUUUGUUUGGUCAUACUAUGAAAUUACUAUGACUAUUGCUUGUCAAUACACUUGAAACACUUCUUUUGACAAGAGUCAACAAUUUAUGUCACAAGUGUAAAGGCAGUGAUAUUUCAUAGUGAUGUACUUUGAUCCAAUUUCUUUUUAAUUAACAACACUUAAAGUUUUAAUUUUGAAUUUAGAAUUAUUAAAACAAAAUUAAAUGU